UAAACUAACCUGGUUCAAUGUUAAAUAGAUUAACUUGGACAUUAAAAUCUUGUGUGUGUCAAAAUUUUGUUUAGUUUUAAUUGUCAUUAUUUACUGAUUGUGUUCGUGAUCUUGUCAAUCAUCAAUUUUUAGCUGCAAACAGAAUGAGUUUCAUCACAAAUCUCCAUUCUCGUCUCAUUGAAACGAAACAGUUUGUUGACAUUUUAAAGGCUCAGCUUGACCACUUGACCACAUGUAAUCCCGCUUAUUCCUCAAUGGACAACUGGACAAAUAACUGUUCUCGAUUAAUAUCAACACUCAAAGAGAUACAAAAACACGUCUUAAGUCAGUGUUCCAUGGCCAUGGAUUCAAUUCAAAAUCUUUGUGAAAUUUUGGGUGAAAACUGGUUGACACUUAGGCAACUAUUGGACACUUGUUAUCAGUACUCACUAGACCCCAAUCACCUCAAUUUAAAGGCUGAAACGGAAAAUCUUCUAGGACAAUUGGUCAAACGGACUUUCGUUGUCAGUCAACAGCCUCCUCAGGUCCUCAAGACAAACACCCGCUUUCCCUCAGCGGUAAGAUCACUUGUUGGAGGUCGAUUGAUUUCGUCUCGACAAAAACAUGUUGUUCGUGCUUCAAUUUUAAAUGAAUCUCAGGCUCGUAAUUUAAUGACCUCAUCUCACGACGCCGCUUUGGUCGAUACUUGUUCGGGUGCUAUUCUCAAUCGAGAAUCAACCUUAGAACUUCAUUCAACAGGUCAACAACUUGUUGCCAAUUUUCGUACUAUGACUUUGAAGAAAAUUUCUCGAACUGAAAAAAAAGGAACAGAAUCAGUUAUGGAUGAAAAAUUCGCAAUUCUUUUUCAGUCCGAAUUGAAACUCGCCCACGGUCAACUUGUUUUCCAUGUUCGGGCAUUAUCUUCACCAGUGGUUGUUAUUGUUCACGAUAAUCAAAAAACUAACGCUUGGGGGACAAUAACAUGGGACAAAGCAUUCGCAUCCCCAUCUCGAAUACCGUUCUUGGUACCCGACAAGGUUCAAUGGGCCACUGUUGGCCAAUUAUUGAGUACAGAAUUCAACACUUCCGUUGGUUGUUAUCUUAAUUCAGAGGAUUUAAGUUUCCUUGCUGCCAAAGCUUUCAGAGAUUUCAAUCUACAGGAAUACAACUCAAUUUAUCUGAGUUGGGGACAAUUUUCAAAGGAAAAUCUUCCUGGUCGUAAUUUCACUUUUUGGGAAUGGUUUUAUUCAAUUCUUAGAUUAACCAGAGAACAUUUGAAAGAUCUCUGGAGACCCGAUAAUCGACUCGUCUAUGGAUUCAUCAGUCGUAAACAAACAGAGGAUGUUUUGAUGGAUAAACCUGAUGGAACUUUUUUACUUCGUUAUAGUGAAACUGAACUUGGGUGUAUUACAAUUGCUUAUAAAGCAGAAACAAAAACCGGAGAUCAGAAAUGCGUUUACAUGAUAAAACCAUUCAGUCAAAAGGAUAUUCAGAUUAGAUCACUUGCCGAUCGAAUUUAUGAUCUGAAACACUUGAAAUAUUUGUACCCAGAGACCCCCAAAGAUCAAGUGUUCGGCCGAUUCUAUGAACCCAUGAAAGAUGUCGAGCCAGACGCCGAAGGCUAUAUUCCACAGGCAAUUGUAACUUCUAUUCCUGAAUGGGCCCCUGGAGGUGGAAUCGAUUCAUACCCAAAUACACCUCAUUCUAUUAUCAAUACUCAAUCACCUUCGAUGAAUGAGAGCUACGGAGAUUCACCAAGUUUGAAUUCAAAAUCAAGCGAAAUUUUUAAGGACGUUGAUUUGUUUAAUCUAAUGCACGAUAUUGAUUUUAACAUAGAUGAUUUUCCCUACCACCAAGAGCUUCCAACUUUAAUUUGAUUGAUUUAAAUUGUGUGGAUUAACUUUUGUAAUAUUAACAAUCAAACAUGAAAAUCAGAAAAAAAGUUAUUCAUUUUUUUUCAUUUUUCCUUUCAAUUUUUUGUAUUUCCCCUAAAUCAAUGUCACCAUGAUUAGUGGUUAAUUAAAUUGUCCAUCCUCAUCUUGAUGAUGAAGAUAACAAGAAGUAAC